UGGGCGCCAUGCUGCGAGCAGCCAUGCUGAGAACCAGGUUUGAGGGCGCAUCAGGCAGCAUCGCCCUGUCCCCCACAGGCGACCAGCAGAGCAACCUCACGCGCAUCCUCAACGUCCACAGCCAGGCCUCGCAGAACCAAGCCUCGCAGAGCAGCACCCCUGCUGCUGCUACAGAUUCUGCUACAGAUGCCACUGGUUCGGCCACUGGUUCGGCCGCUGGUUCGGCCACUGGUUCGGCCACUGGUUCGGCCACUGGUUCGGCCACUGGUUCAGCCAGUGUUUCAGCCAGUGGUUCACUCGGUGGUUCAGUGACAGGGCCAGUGAGCCUGGCAGGGAACGUGGAGGUGGUACCUGUGGGUCAAUCCAGUCUCCCUUGUUCCUCCCUAUUGCGGUCGGUCGUGCUGCAGGAGAAUGCCACUGCUGGUGGGGCGCAGCAGCCAGUCAACAUUGUCUUUCCUGGCGGCCUCACACAGAUCUACCUGCAAUUCGCCAAUAUCUCAGCUGACGAGUUGAUGGGCAACGAGCGAUUCUCCGGCUACUGUGUGGACCUGUUCCGCCUGGCUUUUGCCAACAUCUCAGGGGAUGAGUCGUUGGGCAAUGAGCGGUUCUCCGGCUACUGUGUGGACCUGUUCCGCCUGGCCGUGGGCCGUCUCCCUUAUAAGCUCGACUACGAGUUUGUAGAGUACACCGGUGCCCUCAUCAGCUACACCCAGAUGGUGCAGGCUGUACAGAAUAAGGAGUUUGAUGGCGCAGUGGGCGACAUCACAGUGGUUGACUCGCGGCAGCGAAUGCAAUCGGGGCUGAGUCUGAUAGGAUACUCCAAGGAGAGCAGUGACAUGUGGACAGCCUUUCUGCCCUUCACGCCCUCCAUGUGGGCCACUCUGCUCGGCCUCUCUCUGCUCACCAGCCGCACCAUGGGAGAUUUUUGUGACGCCCCCAGAGUUGAGAGGGAGAGCAGAGCAGUGACCCGUAUUUUGUUUCUGAGGAUACUCAAUCCAAACACGCCCCCCCCCCGUCUCUUAAACACCUUUCACUUCCCCCGGCAGCAAUCGGGGCUGAGUCUGAUCGGGUACUCCAAGGAGAGCAGUGACAUGUGGACGGCGUUUCUGCCCUUCACGCCCUCCAUGUGGGCCACUCUGCUCGGCCUUUCUCUGCUCACCGGCGCACUCAUGGUGUUCCUCGAGUGGCGCCUCAACGUGCACUUUCAGGCGAAGCUGCAUCAGCUGGCCAUCACCGCCGCAUGGCUUGGCCUUCACACGCUCUACUCCAUUAUAGUCUACUCAAUCCGCUCUGUGCUAGCACGAGCGGUGCUGGGCAUGUGGCUCAUUCUCGCAUUUCUCUUCCUCGCCUCCUACACCUCCAACCUCACUGCCAUUCUCACCAUUCAGAGGCUCACACCCACCAUCCUGCUUGACCUCUUAUGCACUGCCCUUGUGUUCCCCCUCUCCCCUGGCUGGCAGGACAAGCUGGUGACUCUGAGUGGGGAGAGCGAGUAUGCAUCGUCUCUCUCCUCAGGGCGAGUGGCAGUGAUAGACAAGCUAGUGUCACUGGCAGGGGAGAGCGAGUAUGCAUCGUCACUGGCGUCGGGGCGAGUGGCAGUGAUAGUGGAUGAAAAUCCUUACCUGGCUGUCUUCACGUCCCAGUUCUGUGACGUCAUGCAGGCUGCACAACCAUUCUCCUCCCUCAACCUCGCCUUUGCUUUCCAGAAGGGCAGUGCCCUGGGCCAGGACAUCUCUAAUGCCAUUGGUGCGCUGCGCAUGACACAGGAGGUGGAGAAGCUUCAUGCCAAGUACUUAAGUUCUGAGAGCGUCUGCCCACAGAAGACCACAGUGGUGCAGUUCGGUAUACAGCGAUUCGGAGGCCUGUACAUCAUCUACCUCGUCGUCUCUACAGGCUGCUGCAUCAUCUAUGUUGCUCUCCUCAUCUACCGCGGUUACCGCUACGUGAGGGAGAAGGGUGUGCAGUCGCUAGUGGACAAGGUCAAGAGCUUUGGUAGGGAGCCACCCAGCAGCACCGAGGGAGGCCCGUCAUUUGAAUUACCCUCUCUGCCGCCCGCGUCCACUCUGCCGGCCUUCCCCAGCCUGCCAUCGAGAAUGGAGUCUUUCCACACCAAAGUGGACAGCCUUGUCGAUAAAUUUCACAAGGGCAAGGAAUGGAGCAGGGAGAGGCACCUAUCGGCCUACAACGCUCAACCGCAGCAGACCAGCACAGCGUUUGAGUUCCGAUCGCCCUCUGGCUCUUCUGCUCACAGCCUUGCCUCACCUGCCACUUCUGCCCACGGCUUUCCUUCACCUGCAUCUUCAAUCGCCUCUGGAAGCCCUUUAGGACUGCAACGAAAGGCCAUGGCUCGUGGCACAACUCGAUCGGUGUCAUUUGCACCAUCACAUGUGUCAAGUUAUGCACGAUCCCAUGCUGCAUCACGCACACCAUCGCACGUACUAUCACGUGCACCGUCACAUGCAUCAUUCCAUGGGGCAUCUGGUGCAGGACCAGCGUUAGCGGAGCUUCUUACGGAGAGUACCGGAAGCGCCGUCGCGACAGGUUCAGGCGUACCGAAAGCUGGAGAGUACAGGAAGUUUCAGUAUGCUGACCUCGCUAACGUUGUAGGAACGACUUCUAAUCUGAUCGGAUACAAAGGGGACAUUCCCGAGCGAGUCGCGACGGACUUAACUAGUACGCACGCGGCGGUUAACCCUGAUUUCAACGCUAACUUUGACCUUGACGCUAACGCUGAUUCUGAUAAAAACGCUGGCAUUAGUAUGACCGUUAAUUCUGAUGGGAACCGAGUACUACUCAAUAACGCGAACAGCAGCUCUAUCGUCGACGGUCACGAUUCGAGCAGGGGCUCUAGCUUCAACGGCCACGAUGCGAAUAGGAACGCGAGGCCGGCGGUGAGAAGCCUGGCGAGCAACGGCGGGACGAAAAGAGACGCUCGCACGACAACGGCAGAGGCAGUAAGGGGUUCGAACAACGACAAGAGCAAAGCGGUGCUGACGGUGGGAUGCUUCUUCGCCCCUGACCUUCCCGGGGGAGUCGACAUGCUGGCCGCCUCUGUCAUGGCAGUGGAGGAAAUCAACGGCGAUCCCACCAUCCUGCCAAACCACGUGCUGCAUCUGACGGUUCAAAACUACUCCAGCACCUCGCUCACGAGCCAGCUCGCAGCAUUUCAAAUGCUCAAGAACCAUCUGGUGGCUGUGAUUGGCCCGCACACAACUGACCAGGCCGCCCGAUUCAGCCCAAUUGCAGCCGCAACCCAGGUGCCGUUCAUAUCGGCGUCAGCAACGGGCGUGCAGCUCACGCGGGACACCAGCCGGCCCUACUUCAUGCGCACUGUCCCCAGCGAUGGCGUGCAGAUGGCCGCGAUGGCAGGUAGUGCGCCCGUGGCCAGCGAUGGCGUGCAGAUGGCCGCCAUGGCAGGUGGUCUUUUUUCCGAGCUGUGUGGGGGUGGAGUAGCGCAGCGACGACUUUUGAGGCGCCUCAAAAGUCACGUGUGCCCCCCCCAGUGCACGCCGCCUUCACUGGGCGCAGUGUGUUCUCAUCACAUGCGCACCGAGGUGACUGCUGAGUCGACUCAAGAUUCACCUCGCAACAGUCACACAUGUGUGCCCCCCCAGUGCAUGCCUUCACUGGGCGCAGUGUGUUGUGUUCUCAUGUGCACCGUGCCCAGCGACGGCGUGCAGAUGGCCGCGCUGCCAGAGCUGAUCCGGCGCUACAGGUGGCAGCAGGUGGCGCUCAUCUACAGCGACGACCGCUUUGGCCGCAAUGGGAUCACUACACUCGCCUUACAGCUGCUCUCCAUCCGCGCGGAGGCGGAUGUGGCAGCGCGAGUGGCCAUCCCGCUGACAGCCAGCAACGAGGCCAUUCACGACUAUAUGUCCGCGUUGAAGUCUCUAGACGUGGCCGUCUAUGUGCUUCACGCCUCCCUGACCAUCUUCUCUGCCGUCGUUGAAGCAGGUGGGUGCCCUCACCCCCCGCUGUAUUCACUGCCGCUGCUGUUGAAGCAGGUGGCUUCUGUAGUAGAACCGCUGCUUCCAAACGCGGCCGUCUAUGUGCUCCACGCCUCCCUGACCAUCUUCUCUGCCGUCGUUGAAGCAGCCAACAAGCUGCAUCUGUUUGUGAAGAACAGCGUGUGGAUCUCAUCUGAGGCCGCAGCUGUCAUCAGUGCCACCUCCGCCCAACACGUGGAUGGGCUGAUCAUCACAGCCACCCACGUGCCCCCCUCCCCGCAACUCUCAUCGUUCUAUGAUCGCUGGAAGCUCCUCAAUGCAUCCCAGUACUUGGGACUCACCAAGGGGAAUCCGUCACCAUACGCGCUCUCAUCGCAUGAUGCCGUGACCCUUGUCGCACGUGCGCUGCACUCCCUGCUCUACCCCUCCGCUCCUGCACCAACCAACUCGUCCUCACACGAGCACACACAAGCGCAGCAGCAGAAAUUGGUUCAGGAGCAAGCGGGGCAGCAGCAAAAAGUGGGGCAGCAGAGGAGAAUGCAGCAAGUAGAGGGGGCAGGGCAGGCAUUUCAGCAGCUGGAGCUGCCGGUGCUGCCUCCACUCCCCAACGGCACCCAAGACGUGCUCGCUCCGCCACUCACCCGCCUUCAACAAAGUGCAAUGGGACCGGCACUGCGAAAGGCUCUUCUCAAUACCAGCUUUGAUGGCCUGCAGGGCAGAAUCGCGCUAACCCCACACGGCGACCUGGUAACAAACGAGGUCCGCAUUCUCAACAUCCAGAAAGGGGUGCCAGUGGAAGUGGGCCUUUGGUCUUCUACCCUUGGCCUUGUCCCCUCCUCCUCCAGCCCACCCCUGGCACUUUCCUCACCUUCCACUGCUUCCCCUGCGUCGCCCCCAGGGUCUCCUGCAGGCCCCAGCACACAGGCUCCGAACGCUCUUCCCAUCAUCUUCCCGGGAGGACUCACACAGGUGCCAACAGGAUUGUUUCCCAAGACCCGACUUCGAAUCGCAGUGCCGAACAAACAGCAAUACAAGGAGUAUGUGAACGUGUCGGAUGCCUUGGGGGAGGGCAACAGCCGCUUCUCAGGCUACUGUGUGGAGGUGUUCCGCCUGGCCGUUACACGGUUACCCUACAAGCUGGACUACGAGUUUGUGUCGUACGGUGGCAAGAAACCCAGCUACACACAGAUGGUGCUGGCUGUCGGCAACAAGACGUACGAUGCAGCAGUGGGAGACAUCACAGUGCUGGAUUCGCGGAGCAAAGCCGUCUUCUUCACCUACCCCAUCCAGCAAUCAGGGUUGAGUGUGAUGGGCUACUCGCGGCCAUAUAGCAACCCCUGGAUGGUCUUCACCCCGUUCACGGCCUCCAUGUGGGCCGUCACUGCCGCCAUCUGCAUCACCACUGGGCUGCUAGCCAUGAUGCUGGACCGGCAGCGCACACCUGACUUCCAGGGCACAUUGCGGAAACGCAUCAUCACAGCCGUGUGGUACGGCAUCCACACGUUCUACUCCAAUCCUGUGUUUCGCAUCCACACGACGCUAGCAAGGGUGGUCGUAUGCAUCUGGCUGCUACUAGCAUGGGUCAUAGCCAACUCCUACGUGGCCAAUCUCACCUCCAUCCUCACCAUACAGAAGCUGCUUCCCCAAAUCCUUGACAAGUUGGUGCCGCUGACGGGAGAGAGCGAAUACGCAUCGGCUCUCUCCUCAGGGAGGGUGGCAGUGAUAGUGGACGAGGAUCCCUACCUCGACCUCUUCUCCGCUUCCUUCUGUGACGGCGUGCAGGCGUCGCAGCCCUUCUCGGUCCUCAACUUCGCCUUUGCCUUCCCCAAGGGGUCACAGGUGGGGGAGGACAUAUCUGAUGCCAUCCUUGAACUGACAAUGAAGGGGGACCUGGAGCGGCUCAAGGCACAGUACUUGCAGAAGGACAACAUGUGUGUGGAUGAUCAGACUGCAUCCGCAGUGCUGACGGAGGUGAACGUGCAGAAGUUCACGGCGCUGCUCAUCCUCUACCUCGUUGUCUCGCUGCUCUGCUGCAUCACCUACGUCUGCAUCCUCAUCUACCGCGGUUACCGCUACCACCGGGCUGCUAAUCCACUUGUGCUGCAUGCGAUGCUGGCAUGGCAAUGCUGCAGGGAAGCACACGGGCCCCAUCUUUCUCCACCACACGAGGAAGAGGACGACGAUCAGCAGCUGCUGCUGCAGCAGCGGUGUUUCGGCCUGUCGUGCGGCGCGGGUGGGAAUUCUGGUGCUCGUUACAAAACAGGCAAGGCCGGCACGGACGGUGAAGGUAGAGCAAGUGUGGGGAAUGAGGAGGGUGGAGGCUCCAGUGUUGGGAACAAGGAGGAUGGAGGCUCUACUGUGGCUGGUAUACCGCUGCCGACUGGUAUGCCGAGUCUGGGAGGCGUAACCAAUGUGCUUCCCGGCUUGGCAUCUGUUCAGAGGAUGGUGGAAUCUUCACAGGAAGGUGUGGUUUCUGUGCAGCGGACAAUGGACGAUCUGAUGGAUAAAUUCAACAAGGGCAAGGAGUGGAGCCGGGGGCAGUACCUUGACCCAAAGAACAUCCAGAGGCAGCAAGCCUACUCCGCGGCCUCUCUCCUGCCCGACUUCUCCUCCCCGGGCAACUCUGCGAGAAAGCGCAGCAGCCCAUCAGCCCGUGGCUCGGGUGUCUCUGCUUCCGCCACCUCGGUUUCUGCCUCUGUGUCUGCGUCUGCCUCUCCCUCUGCCUCUGCUGCUGCCUCGCCGUCCCGGGGCCGGCCCAGCUGGGGGUCUCUGCAGUGCUCGCCUGCUUUCGCUUCAAAACGCCCCUCCACUGCCUCUGGUUCCUUCUUCCGUGCUGCCAGUGUCGGCGGUGCUUCUAGUGCUGGGAGCGCAGCCGAUGCUGGCGAUGCAGAUGCCGCAUUUUUCAAUCAACCUGAUUCCUCUUCAGGUCUUGGUCUCACAGCAGACCCUCCUCAUGCGCACCCUCCCACUGCUCCUCCCACUGCUCCAGACAUCCUCAUCCUUCCUCCCACUGCUGCUAACUCUCCUGCUGUUGCUGGUGUUACCAGCGCUGGCGGUUCCCCCGGUGCACUUAACUUCCACCACUCGGCUUAUUCUGGCAGCAUGUAUCCUGCUGGGAGUUUCGGUGGUUCUGACGCUGCAGGCCAUGCAGACAUGCCGAAAAGACAAAGGCGGACCAGCACUAUCUUGCCUUCUUCUUCCUCACUACCUGCCGAACCCUGCCCACCGGAAGCUGAGCCCGAGGCACUGGAGGCAGCAGCACAGCUGAGGGCUUCAAAGAGGAGAAGCAACACCUUUGGUAUGGAGGAGCAUUCAGACUCUCCGACUCACUCACCCCUGACACUCUCACAAUCUCCUCCUAAGGAGCAGCAGCAGCAGCCACAACACCUGCUGCUGCGGCAGCAGCUGCCACCAAAGGCAUCGUAUGGACGCCAGGAGCAGCAGCAGCAGCAGCAGCAGCAGAGGAACCAGGCUGCCAGGCUGAGAAAGGCUGCUCGUGUUCAUCGCCGGAGUGCAUCGUAUGAUGUCACACAGAAGCCAGGAACCAGCAUUAAGGGCGAAGUGGGGAAGAAGUUGGCAAACCUUGACAAGGUUCUAUCACCAGGAUCCACAUUUGACACGGAUGCGAACGCCGAGCCGGAGUACAAAGGAGUUCAACGGUGUCAUGCGCAUCAUCCUGCCCCCUGUAGUGUUCGAGAAACCGAAAAUACGCCCUCAGGCGUGCAGCGUGCUCCUCUCCUCCCCCUCUCUUGCUCCCCUCUCGCCAUAUCAAGUCACGAGCUAACAGCACGAUGGGUGAUGACGUUGGCAUUGCGCAGUGCUCAUGAGCCAAUUAGAAAACUUGACUCCAAUUUGACUGUUGAAACUGAUGGAAACCGAGGACAAUUUCGAAACGCGAACAGCAGCUCUAGCGGCGACGGUCACGAUUCGAGCAGCAGAUCUAGCUUCAACGGCCAUGAUGCCAGUAUGAUCGCGAGCCUGGCGGUGAGAAAGCUGGCGAGCAACGGCGGGACGAAGAGAGACGCUCGCAUGAGAAAAGGGGCCGCCGUAGUAAGCGGUUCGAGCAACGACACGAGCAAAGCGUUGCUGACGGUGGGAUGCUUGUUCGCCCCUGACCUGCCCGGAGGAGUCGACAUGCUGGCCGCCUCCGUCAUGGCAGUGGAGGAAAUCAACGGCGAUCCAAGCAUCCUGCCGAACCAUGUCCUGCACCUGACGGUUCAAAACUACUCCAUCGCCUCACUCGCGAGCCAACUCGCAGCAUUUCAACUGCUCGAGAACCAUCCGGUGGCUGUGAUUGGCCCGCACACAUCUGACCAGGCCGCCCGUUUUAGCCCAAUUGCAGCCACAACCCAGGUGCCAUUCAUAUCGGCGUCAGCAACGGACGUGCAGCUCACGCAGGGCGUCAGCCGGCCCUACUUCAUGCGCACCGUGCCCAGCGAUGGCGUGCAGAUGGCCGCCAUGGCAGGUGGGGUACGGGUGCAUGGCAUGGGAUGGAACAUCGUAGGUACAGGUGCAGGUAGCAGCAGACACACAUGCUCGUUCAUGCGCACCGUUCCCAGCGAUGGCAUGCAGAUGGCCGCCAUGGCAGGUAUGCACACACACCCCUUCCCCGUUCCUCUUCCUCAUCUCAACCAAUCAGAGCUGAUUAAGCGCUACAAGUGGCAGCAGGUGGCGCUCAUUUACAGCAACGACCGAACCGAUGGUGCUAUUGAGUCGACUCUUAACGAAAGCCCCUUUCAACCAUCCCCGCUCACACCCCCGCCCUUUCCCCCCCUCUCCCCCCCGCCUCCCCCUCUCCAUCCUCUCGGCCAAUCAGAGCUAAUCAAGCUCUACAAGUGGCAGCAGGUGGCGCUCAUUUACAGCGAUGACCGAACCGAUGGGACUAUUGAAAUUAGAGUAGCCUUACAUUACUCACCUCAGCUCAACUUCUCCACCAUGGUGAGACCCGUCUCUGACCUCUGGAAGCAUGUGAACAAGGUGACAUCCGACGCCAACGUAGUUAGUGCAACAUGCAAGCACUGCGGAGAGGCCGUUACCGCUAAUGCGACACGAAUCAAGGAGCACAUUUACGGGACUCCUUUGAACAAGUUGAAGAACGUGACGAUGUGCGAGUCAGAUCCCGCUAAGCUGCUGCGAGCGGAAGCCGAGCGUGAGCGUUCCUCCACAGCGGGCUGCUCUAACCGUGCCUCUUCGUCUUCGAAUGAGCUUCAGCCCGUCCGUCGUGCUAGGCAGCGCGACAUCCGCGACAUGGCGGAUGACCUUGCUCGCGGUCGCCUAGACUACCUUUGGGCCGCGGUUGUGGCUGAGAACGACUUGGCGUUCAACGUAUCCAAGUCGAAGGCUCUUCAGGCGUUUGUGGACGCCGCCGUCAUCUACGCCAAACCGUACACGCUCCCCACGCCGUACAAGGUUUCGGGCCCGCUGCUUGAGAAGCUCAAGGCGGAUACCGAAGACCUUGUUCGCCCAAUCAAAGACAGCUGGAACAUUAGCGGGUGCUCCCUCUCGGUGGAUGGCUGGACAUGCCUGAAAUCCCGCGGCAUGGUAUGCGUCAUUACUCAGAACGACACCGCUCCCGUCAUUGUUGAUAUCGUGGACUCUAAGACGGCCAAGAAGACAGGAGAGUACCUGGCGGCCCUCAUUCGCAAGGCGAUCUGCACGGUGGGGGACAGGAAAGUCAUCCAGGUUGUGAUGGACAAUGCGUCCAACAACAAACGCGCAGCCGACAUGCUUCGUGAUGGGUUUCCUCAGGUGUUCUUCACGAACUGCGCCGCGCACGUGCUGGAUCUCAUGCUGCACGACAUGGGAAACAUUCGGGUGGUGAAACGUGUCCUGACUCAAGUACACAGGGUGGUGAUGAUGGUGAAGGGAUCCGCCUCUGCCGUCGUUUUGUUCAGAGAGGUUUUCAGCAAGUUGUCCUUGGUCCGCCCUGGUGCAACGCGGUUCGGCACCCAAGUGAUUAUGAUCGGUCGUUUUUUGGAGGUGAAGCGUGCGCUGCGGGCGAUGGUGAUUAGUGAAGAGUGGGAGGAGGUGGCGGUGGCACGGACGGAGGAGGGGCGUGCGGUCCGCACGCUCCUACUGGACGAAUUUUUCUGGGACUUAGUAACGGCUGUCCAUCGCCUCAUGACUCCGGUGUAUGGGGUGCUUCGGGUGGUUGACAAGAGGUCGCUCAUCAUGGGGGAGAUAUACGGCCGCAUGAUAGACGCCACAGUCCAAACGAACGAGGCGGCUGAGGCGGCUGGUAAGCACUAUAGUGCUGUUGGUGUUGUCGUACUUUGCUGGCGUUUUUUCAAGAUCAAACAAGUAUCUUACUUGUUUCUGUUUUACUCUCUCCUAACAGCUGAAAUCUUCGUCAAGCGUCCCACCCUGCUGGCGGCCAAAGACAAGGCCACGUUUUUUACCUCCAUCAAGGCAAUUGUCGCCAAACGAUGGGACGGCCAGCUUCACAACGCCUUGCAGGCGUUGGGCUGGCUCCUCAACCCCCGCAACCAGUACGUGGGGGCGGUGAGGAACGACCGUGAGAUCAGGAAAGGGGCGGAUGAGGUGAUCAAGGCCCGGGGUGUGAGCGUCGCGCAACGCACAUUGCUCCACGCUCAGCUGGCCCAGUUCCACAAAGGAGAGGGCCGGCUUGGCUCCGAUGACGCUCGUUGGGCUGCCACGACUUUGGUGGAGGGCGGGCGCCUAACUGACGCGGAAUGGUGGUGGAUGUACGGUGGGGAGGUCGCGGUGCUUCAGGAGCUGGCUGUGAUGACUCUAUCACAGCCAGUGACCUCAUCCGAGGUGGAGAGGUACUUUUCCGCGCUUGCUCGUGUGCAGAGGCGGGACCGGAACCGCCUUGCCGCCACCAAGAUGACCGACGUCACCUACGUCGCCUUCACGAGGAGGGCUCGUGACGCCUUUGAUCGGAGGCAGGGUGUGCGUGAGAAGCUGUAUCGUGACCUGAGCGACGGCACCCUCAAGGAGGGCUGCACCAUCGCCCCGGUCUCUGCUGGAGAGGAAGAAGAGGGGGCUGGAGUAGUGGAGGAGGGGGAGGAGUCUGUCACUACCAUCAACUGGGAUGAGUUCGGUAGCAUUGGCAAGAAGAAGAGGAAGACGAAGGUGGGAGAGUCCUCCAAGAGGAAGAGGAAAGGGAAGGGGACGAGUAACCUUCCAUGCAAGGGAAAGGGGAAGGGAGCAGUGGUGGAGGAAGAGGAGGAGGAGGAGGAGGAGGAGGCAGACAGCAGUGGGGGGGAGGAAGGUGAGACGUGCAAGAAGACCCGUGAUGAAAGUGAUCCUUGGGACCUCAGUGAUGGUUCUAGUGGGGAGGAGGAGGAGGAGGAGGAGGAGGAGGAGGAGGAGGAGGAGGAGGAGGAGGAGGAGGAGGAGGAGGAGGAGGAGGAGGAGGAGGAGGAGGAGGAGGAGGAGGACGAUGAAUAG